CCUCUGGUAUCUCUGUGUCCUUGUAAACAGUAAUUGAAAGAAACUGGAGACAGAUUAUUCACGGUAAACUCGUGAUCACGUCCCUUCCCUCAUUCGUCGAAAGGAGCUGAAACAUCUCAACAGCAGCUAAUAUUAGCUACAGUACACACGAAAUAAAAGUGCCAGUAAAUACACGGUAUUUUCUAGAUAUGAUUCAGUAAGAAGCAUGGUGGUAAACGCGAGCCGUCGGUCAAAGUCACUGUUUUUGGCUUGAACAUCUUUGCUAAAUAAAUGUGGCGAGCAAGAUAAUGAUGCGGAAUACAGGAGAAGAAAGGCGUAUCGCUACGUGGUGGAUGGGUGGUAUCGCCUCAGCUGGUGCUUGUUGCUUCACGCAGUGCCUUGACACAGUGAAGGUUCAAAUGCAAACCCAACAAGAAGUUCGCCGCACAAUGUUACAAACAACAAUGGACGUAAUUCGUUCAGAUGGCAUUCUUGCUCUAAAUAAUGGACUGUCAGCUGCUAUAAUGAGGCAACUUACUUAUUCCACCUUCCGCUUUGCCUUUUAUGAGGCUGUGAAGCAACACAUGGACCCUAAAGGAAAUAAUGUUCCUUUCCACCUUAAAAUAGGAAUAGCAGCAGUUGGUGGUACAAUAGGUGGUUUCAUUGGCACACCAGCAGAUGUAAUAAAUGUUCGUAUGCAGAAUGAUAUGAAACUUCCUCGAAACCAAAGGAGAAAUUAUCGACAUGUAUUUGACGGGCUGGCACGCAUAUACAAAGAAGAAGGCAUGCGUGGACUUUUCUCAGGAGCGACUAUGGCUACUGGUCGAUCGAUAUUGAUGACUGUGGGUCAACUAACUUUCUAUGACCAGUGCAAAGGCAUGCUAAUGUAUUAUUUAGAUCUCAAAGACAACAUUAGCACCCACUUCCUAGCAAGCAUUGUGGCGGGAGCGGUGGCUACUACACUAACUCAACCUAUUGAUGUGCUCAAAACACGUACUAUGAAUGCCCGACCAGGAGAAUUUAAGAGUAUGUGGCAUAUUAUUCUGCACACAGCUAAGUUGGGACCACAAGGCUUCUUCAAGGGCUACAUUCUCAGAUUUGUUCGUCUUGCCCCACACACAAUACUGACUUUUAUCUUUUUUGAGCAACUUCGUCUCAAUUUCGGCAGAAUUGUGCCUCCUGAUAGAUGAUAACAACUACAUUUAAUGAGGUUCUGCAAAAGGAUUGUAGUUGUAGACAUUUCUUCAUCUGGGAGAAGCCCUAGCACACUAAUGGUAUGAAGCAGCAUUUGUAGAGUAUUUCAUUUGCUUGUGUGACUGUGAUGACGUGAUUUAUAGUUUGGAUAAAUUACUAAACAAGGCUUGUGAAUUUAUCUAGUGUAUGAAAUUGAUGAUAAAUGUAGCAGUAAAAAUACUAUUAGUUUGAAGUAUAAUGUGUUUUAUUUGAUUAAAUUCAUUGCAGCAGUUCCUAAUGAGGGCCAUAUUUUGAUAUCCACACUUGCACUUUUGUAUGACUCACAUGGGAUUAACUGUUUGCAAUAGAGUUGUAUACUGAUUUCAAUAUGACUUAAGUAAAAUAAAAAUUUGAAGCAUC